CAAAUUUUUCUCUUUCUUUUUGUUCGCUGAUUAGUUAUUUGUUUUUCUCCUCUUCAAUUGUUAUGUUGCAAUUAACAUGUUCUGCUUUUGAUUUGAUUCGUUUUAAUUGUUAAUUGUGAAAUGUUGGGCACUAAUUUUAAUUUACUUCACUUUGUUAACGAUCAAAGAUUUUCCAUCCGAACUGGUCAGGCUUUUUGUUGGCUUUGUCAAGGUAAUUGGGCUAAUAUUAAUUGUCACCAUUGUUUCCGUUAUUAUCAUCAUGAGUGUUGCCUAUCGGAUGGACGAUUAGCUACUGAUCGCCUUUUUUACCGUACAUCUGAUGGUUUACAAUUUGUUUCCAAGUGUAAUGAGUGUAUUCUCAUUGAUGUUAUUCAUGACCGAUGGGAUAAAGGUUCAGAAUUUAGAAAAAUGACCCCAAGAAAUAUUCAACGAUUAGUUUCAUUAAUAUGGUCAAGAAUUUCUUGUUUUAUCACCGCUAACAUAGAUUUUGCAGUUCGAGGAUUAUCCAAAACUUGGGUAAAUUGUCCAAUUAAUUUCGAUACCAUUGAUCUUAGGGUUAAAAAUGGUACCUAUGAAUAUCCCUAUCAAAUGUUGACCGAUUUGUCUUUAAUCAAUCACAAUCUUCGGUUGGUUCACCAAGAUAAAUUUUUCAUCGAUUCACUGGUUAAUUUUAUGGCCUCCGUUUACUCGCUAUUCAAUAGAUGUGAAGCUUGUCCCUAUUGUUUAGAAAGCUCGUUUUCUCAACGACCUAACUGGAUAAUUGAAACAUGUCCAUGGGGCCAUCCAUUGAUCUUUGUAAAUCUCAAAGAUCAAUCAUGGCCUGGUAAAUUGCUUCGUUAUCACCAUCAUUCAAAUCUUGCUGAUGUACUACUAUUUGGAUCACUUGAAUGGUAUCAAAUUGCUGCUAGUGAUUGUCGUCACUUCGUAACAACUGAUUACUCUCUUCCAAUAGCAUCAAUUUCCCAUAGAAAGGCUGUUCUUGAUUCACUAAGAUAUUUAAACAAUAUUGUUUACUGUUUCCCUACAAAGAUUACUCUUAAUUCACGAUCUGUUUAUGCUGAAAUCAAAGAUUUCGUAGUUAUCUCAAGAGAUCAAUCGACUAACUCAUCAUCAUCAUCUACAUCUACAUCAAAUUCGAACAGUUCAAUUAAUCUUGACAAAUGGACAGCAGAAAGGGUUGCAAGUAUCACUCACUUUAUUCUUAAUAUGGAAAAUCAGAUAACAACAACCACCCCAUUCGAAUUGGAUAGAUAUUCACAAGCGGUUAUGGAUGCCAGACAAUUGCUUUUGGAUGAUUCUGAUGAUGAAGAAAAUUUCGUUAAUGAUGUAACCAUUGAUAGAUAAUCAUCUGAAUAAUAUACUACGCGAUAUGUAUUAGUAUAUCUGAUGAUACAAUUAUACAAGGAUUAUAACGUGAAAACCUUGACAA